CAACUCUUACUUCCAAAAUCUCUUGAAACAUUUUCGGCCUAAUCUGCUGGAUGAGUGGAAAUUCUCGCGAGAAGAUGUUGCAGUUGCAGUUCCAGGGCGGAAGUUGGUCCUCAUAGGAGUCAUGACGGCGGACCAGUACAUCAACACCAGAGCGCGUGCCAUAUGCGACACCUGGGCGCAGGCAGUGUCCGGCAAGGUGCUCUUCUUCGUCGGCUCGGCGUCCACGUAUCGCGGCGACUUGCCAGUCGUGCGACUACCCGACGUUCCUCAGGAAGAUUACCCGCCUCAAAAGAAGGCUUUCAAAAUGCUGGAAUACAUGUACGACAACUACAUCGACGAGUACGAGUGGUUUUUCCGGGCGGACGACGAUGUCUACAUCAAAGGCGAUAAGAUAGAAUCUUUACUACGUUCCAUCAACAGCUCUCAACCUUGGUACAUCGGCCAGAGUGGAGAGGGGCGGAGACACGAGCAGGGCAAACUUGGGCUGAUAGAGGAUAUGCCGUACUGCAUCGGGGGUCCUGGGGUCAUGAUCAGCCACGUGGCGCUGGCGCAACUAGGUCCCAAUGUUCCAAGCUGCAUGAAGUCCGUGACGACAAAGCAUGAGGACACCGAGGUAGGACGGUGCAUGCAGAGAACGGUCGGGAUAGGAUGCUCUUCUGCGUAUGAGCUUCGGAAGUUGAUGUACCAAAACUAUCGAGAAAAGAAUGGAUCUUUCACGCAUGAGCUGGGGAAGGAAGAAAAAAUGGCCUUCACUUUACAUCCGAUAAAAAGUGCCCCGUAUGUUUACAGAAUGCAUAAUUUCGUUAGUGCACAAAAUAUACAAAUAAUGAAGGACAAAGUCAACAAACUUCAGAAAGAAAUAAAAACUAUGGAAAGUUACAUCCUGAAGUUGGAGAUGACGUCUAAAAAGUUAGAUUUAGAAACGGCAGACGAAGAUAUUCAAAAUGGAGGGGUAUUCCCUGGAACGUAUGUAAAUGACUCUGUCUAUGUGUGGGAGUAUGCCAGUGGUGGAGUUUAUUUCUCACAUAAAAGUGUUCACACCAAACUUUCAUCCAAUGGACGGGCAGAUGAGUCCACGUCACUGGCAAUAGCCCAUAGCUGGGCCAGACGAUUACGCGAAUCUUUUCCUCACAACUUCAUGAAAAUCGACAAGACACUUCCAAGCUAUAUAAAAAUAUCCCCGCUAGAUGGCGUUUACAUGCACUUAAAUUUACAAGUGUCAUACAACAAAAAAGAGUCACACAAAAUCAAGAAAUUUUUUGCGCCAAUUGAACUUAAACAGCCCUUUAGCGCACUGGACUUUUUUGAAGGAAAGGACUAUUUUCGUCCGUUCAGUGAACAGAACCACGUAGAUCCUAUCCGAAUGCUCGUGCCACUGUCUGGAAAAUAUAAAGUUUUAAGACGUUUUCUGGCCAGACAUAUCCCAAUUGUUUUUAAAUCGGACAUCCCUAUUACCGUAGUGUUCCUUUUGUUCAAAGGCGCCGAUGGCGAAGUCCUAAAAAAUACGGAUGCCAUCCAAUCAUUCCAAAGGAUAUACCCAAGUUGUGAUAUCCUCCUUAUAGAUCAUUCCAAGGAAAACUUCUCCAGAUCGAGAGCUCUUACCUAUGGGGCGAAUUUGUUCGAGAAUGAUUCCUUACUGCUGUUCAUGGAUAUCGACAUGAUAUUCACGGAAGAUUUUCCAAGGAGGGUCCAACUAAACACCAUUCAAGGCAAGCAGGUUUAUUUCCCCAUAUACUUCUCUCAAUACCACCCCGAUUUUAUCUGCUAUCAAGAGGAAGACUGUGUCGUCCGCGAAAUGGACUUGACCAAAUUCUCCGGUAUUUGGCGUCACUAUGGUUUCGGCAUGGUGGGCGUGUACAAGUCGGACUUCUUGUCUGUAGGAGGCUUCGACACGUCAAUCAUAGGGUGGGGCAAAGAGGACGUGGAUUUCCACGAAAGAGUGAUCGCCCACAAGCUAAUGGCUUUUCGGGCAGCAGAUCCUGUUUGCUUCAUCUUUUUCAUGAGAAAGUCUGUGAUAACAGUUUGUCUAGUGACCAAUGGCGAAUGUGCAGCGCGUCUAAAGCGGACAUUUGGGCAUCCACACGAACUCUAGUUAGGAUGAUUACACAAAUGUUCACUCCCGACCUAGAGGACGAAAAUAAUUACUUUCUUUCAGAUCCAUCCUCACUGGAAGUUAUAAAAACAGAGUGAAAGAAGUGUGUGCCUGUAUUUGA